AUGGAGAAAAACCCCAUGCGUCGGCAACUUGCAAUCAUGAGGCAAGCCCUGUUUGAUCAGGGAUACCUUGAUGAACAAUUCAUCCAGUUGGAGGAACUCCAAGAUGAUGCUAACCCGAAUUUCGUGGAAGAAGUUGUCACCUCAUACUACCGCGAUUCAGCCAGAUUAAUCCUUAAAAUAGAGCAGGCACUGGAGAGGAAACCUUUUGAUUUUAAUAAGUUGGAUGGCUAUAUGCAUCAGUUCAAAGGAAGCAGUUCAAGCAUUGGAGCCAAAAAGGUGAAAGCUGAGAGCACACUAUUUAGGGAACAUUGCAACUCUGGAAAUGGAGAAGGAUGUGUGAGAGCUUUCCAACAACUGAAGCAAGAGUACGCAACACUGAAAAAGAAGCUUGAAGCUUAUUUUCAGGUGCUUUACUCUUUUUUUUUUUUUCACCCUAUUAAAACGAAAUUCUAUAUAUUCAUAACUUGUCAGGUAAUUUUUUAAUUCCUGCUAAUUUUUUCAACAAUGAUUAUCAAAAUGUUCAGCUGGCAAGACAAGCUGGGCCAAUGGAGACGGCAUGUCGCCCCAAAUAAUA